GAGACGCACACUGAGACAGACAGGCGGACAGUAAUAUUAAUAUCUUAGCACCAAAAGUAUCAUGUCCACUGAGAGCUAACAGCUGCAGGUGGGAACACUGGGAACAUUGGAAUUACUGCUUCACUCUGAGACAAAAUGUCUUCCAGACCAGAGGAGGAUCUUUCCUGUCCUGUCUGCCAUGACAUCUUCAAAAACCCUGUUGUUCUGUCAUGUAGCCACAGCUUCUGUAGAGAUUGUCUGCAGAAAUGGUGGAGGGGGAAACAAAUACAUGAGUGUCCAUGCUGUAAGAGAAGAUCCUCAAAGAGCGAUCCGCCUCGCAAUCUUGCAUUAAAGAACCUGUAUGAGACCUUCCUUUUGAAGAAAGAAAGAAAGAGAGGUUCAGCAGGGUCUGAGACUCUCUGCAGUCAGCACUCUGAGAAACUCAAACUCUUCUGUCUGGACCAUCAGCAGCCAGUGUGUGUCAUCUGCAGAGAUUCAAAAACUCACCAUAACCACAGAUUCAGACCCAUCGAUGAAGCUGCACAGGAUCACAAAGAAGAGCUCCAGAAAUCCCUGAAGCCCUUACGGGAGAAACUGAAGCUCUUUAAAGAAGUUAAAGGAAACUGUGAUCAAACAGCAGAGUACAUUAAGGUCCAGGCCGGAGACACAGAGAAGCAGAUUAGGGAGCAGUUUAAGAAGCUUCACCAGUUUCUACAAGAGGAAGAGGAGGCCAGGAUCUGUGCUCUGAGGGAGGAAGAGGAGCAGAAGAGUCAGAGGAUGAAGGAAGAGAUUGAGGCUCUGAGCAGAGAGAUAGCAGCUCUUUCAGACACAGUCAGAGCCACAGAGGAGAGGCUGAGAGCUGAAGACGUCUCUUUCCUGCAGAACUACAAGGCUGCAGUGGAGAGAGUCCAGCAGCGGCCCCUGUUGGAUGAUCCACAGCUGAUCUCAGGAGCUCUGAUAGACGUGGCCAAACAUCUGGGCAACCUGAGCUUCAACAUCUGGAACAAGAUGGAGGAGAGGGUCUCCUACACUCCUGUGAUUCUGGAUCCUAACACUGCUGACCCAGAACUUGUCGUGUCUGGAGAUCUGACCAGUGUGAGAUCUGGAGAGCGACGAGGGCUUCCAAAAAACCCGGAGAGGAUCAAAUUCUCCUGCUCCGUCCUGGGCUCGGAAGGCUUUAACUCAGGGACUCACAGCUGGAGCGUGGAGGUUGGAGACAACAAGGACUGGGAACUGGGCAUGUUGGGCGAGUUCAUCGAGAUGAACGGAUGCCCUCAGUCUGGAUUGUGGAGAAUUUUGUUCUCUAACGGUAAAUUCACAGCGUUCUCCACGUCAGAUCCAGAGGAAGAGCUGCCGGUGAAGAAGCAGCUCCGGAGGAUCAGCGUUCAUCUCGACUUUGACAAAGGAAAGCUGUCUUUCUUUAAUCUUGAUACUAACACACACUUACACACCUUCACACACACUUUUACUGGCACCCUGUUUCCGUACAUUUACACUGAGAAUCCCCUUCCACUGAAGAUUUUAUCAGUGAAGGUGAAUCACAGUUAGAGAUAAUAUGAUAGGGUGACCAAUAUGACAAUAUGUACCGUGAGACGAAGUCCGUCAACUGUCACAGAUUUUCUUUUUUGACCAAGGUGUCUUUUAUUAAUAUCUCUGGUUGUAUUAGGUCACUGGGUACACUGUUGCAUAUUAGGGCAAUGUUGGAUUUAAAGGGUUAUUGGAUCAAUGUGAUGAAGCUCAUUGAUUUUAUUUUCACAAGAUGUGUGCUUGUUUGUCACGGCACAUAUUACUAAGCUUAUACAAAUACUAGGAUGGCAGGAUAUACAGUAUAGGGAAUGGUGUGCUAUGACUUUUGGUAGCAAUGUGACAUAUCAUUUUUGCAAA